UUGAAUUGAUGUUAGAGUUCACGGGCAGAUCGCGGGAACAACCGCACUGGACAACGUUAUAAGAGUGGCAGAUCACUCAUUAUGAGAAUAUACCGAUUUUAUAAUAAAAUCGAUCGUGUUAAAGUCACUGCGAGUUUUUUCUGAUUUCAAUGGUAGACGUGCUAUUGUACAUAGUGGCAUGCUUGUCGACAUGGAGAACCUGAUAUAUCUCGAUAAACCGGAGUCUCAACAUUCACGUUAUUAUCAUUGGAAAUUCUGCAAAAUUAAUACUUAAAUCAAAUGAAUGCACCGAAUUAAUUAUUUUGAAUUAUCGAAGAAAUCGUGCCAAAUAAUAAAAUAAUUAAAUAAUGCAAUAAAUAGAUAUUGAUAGUGCAUGCUAUCGCAGAUCGACGUUCGUGGUAAAAACAAGAUGAUGUCAGGAGGUGAUAGGACUUCGGCAAGAAAACGGGUAGACAACUGGAUCUGCGUCGACAUGUUGUUAUUUCCUUCGAAAUUGUGCGAGAAAAAUUGCAUGGGGGAACUCCAAACUUCAGUCGAGCCAUAUUGGGAUCAAAUUUCGACUCAACUACUGCAUUAAUGCCUCGCUUAACUCUCGAUUUUCAUAUAAGUUUAAUGACAACUUGAAAGUUUUUGAAUAAUUUGAAGGGUUCCGUCAAAAUCUAUCGUUCUUUUUUCAUUCUCUCGUCUUCCUUACUUCGAGCUCAAGAAAAAAGCAAUAAGCAGCUCGUUGAAACAGGAACACACAGUGGUUCUUUCCGUUCGAGCCCGUUAUCAUGGUGGAGCGUGGAUGACGGAUAUAGCGCGUUACAGAGGCACAACAAGUUGCAUGGUUCGAGGGGACAGAAGCGGAGGAGACCUCUAUUGGCUCGAUUGAAGGCUAAGUGACGUGAGCUGAUUGUAAAAAUGUUUCUCGGAAUAUUCACUACCGGUAAACCACGUGGCCUUAGUGAUAAUCAUCCGGUGUACCAUUGUUUUUCUUCAUGGUAUCAAGUGUGUGACAACCACAUCCGUCGAUUCGUCGGCAAUUGUGAUAGAUAUGAAGGAUCAAGUGAUAUUUCGUUAUGUUUUGUGUGUUAAUGGUCAUGGCUGUGAAAGAAUGGUUCAGAAGACUACAGCCAGUCCAGUUGUACCUGGUCCUGUUCUUCACCACCGCUUUCUUCCUCGUCGAGAUAGUCGCUAGCCAUGUGACUCAUUCACUGACAUUGCUACUCAACGCUUAUCAUAUGCUGUGUAACAUUAUUGCACUUGUUGGCUGUAUCGCAUCAAUUAAGUAUAGUCAUCGUCAAAAUGGUUACAAUGGUAACAGCACUUCUAGUUCGUUACGAAAUUCUAUUAUUUGUAUAAAUGGCGAUGAACGAGGUUCUUCCACAUCUUUAUCAACAAAAACUAAGCAAUCACGAUCGGAUAGACGAAUGAAAAACACUUUCGGUUGGGCGAGGAUAGAUAUUGUCACGAUGCUCGUCUGCUGCGUAUUUCUAGCAUCUUUCUGUUUUUCUUUACUGGUUGAAGCUAUGCAGACUUUGAUACAUAUAGAUCACUUGGACGAAAUGCACCAUCCACUGCCUGUUCUUACAAUUGGUGCAUCUGGAAUUCUCCUUAACGCGUUUUGUUAUAUAUUAAUUGGAGGAUAUACCUUCAAUCAAGGUAUUGUUCUCCACGUUACGAUGAACGGAGAUGUGAUAUUACGAAGAAAUGUUAAUUCACAACAAACGAAGGAGGGUGAACAACAGUUAUCUUCGCAAACCAGGCGAAGUCCAUUGGGCAUACCAAAGAGCCAAGGACUUCGAGAAACAUGUCGUGACGCUUUGGGCUGUGUUUUCGUUAUCUUGGUAUCUAUUCUAGUAUAUUUCACCGAUUCUGGCGUAGCCAAAUAUAUCGAUCCAUUUUUUGCUAUUAUUUCUUCCAUUUCACUCUUCGCCCUCAGUUAUUCAUAUAUGAAAGAAUCAGGUUUGAUAUUGCUUCAAACCAUUCCUAAUCACAUAAACAUCGAUUCUCUCAAAAGAGAAUUGUUAGAAGCUUUCCCCGGGAUUGUGAACGUUCAUGACUUACACGUAUGGCAAUUAACGGGACAAAAAAUAAUAUCGACAGUCCACAUCAUAUUCUUGGAUCCAAUGGUAUAUACCAGUAUUACUGAUCAAGUAACAGCAUUUUUUAUAGAAAUGGGAAUAACUCAAGUUACAAUACAGCCAGAAUUCCAUAAGAUGAGGCCAAACAUGGAGAAAACCGGUUGUCUAAUUCGUUGCCACGGUGAGCAUUGUAGUUCAUCUCAAUGUUGUUCAAAAGAAAAAUUUAUCGAAGACUCAUGUUCAGACUUAUCAACUAAGAAACAAGGACAAUCUAUAAACAAGAAACUCGAAAAAAAGGAAAUCAUUCCUUCUUCAACUACAAUUGAUCUUAAGAAAUUCGCUAUUCAUGAUGAAGAAAGUUCACGAUCAUGUCAAACGAUUACAAAUCAAUCUGACGGAAGUUCAUGCCAAUCAAAAAACAAACAAAGACAAAGUGAUAAUACGAGAGACGAAAGUUCCUAUGCGAUAAACGUAGAUGUUAAUGAUGGAAAUCAUGUUUCAUGUACCACGAAUCACAGUAACACUAAUCCAGAGGUCGCACCAUAACGUUGAUUUUUAAAAAAACAUUAUAGAGGACGCUUUACUGAAAUGAAUCAAAUGUAACCUCAAAACGAUAGAAUAUAAAUGUUAUAAAUAGAAAAAAUUAGUGUAUACAAUUAAAAUUUUGACUGAUGAAAUAUAUAAUGCAUCAUAUAUAAUGCAUCAUUUUCAAUAUAAAAA